CAGAGGAGGUAAAAACGUAACACCCAAGAAAAAAUGGAUUAUAUUGAAGUAAAUACAUACAAAACAUGCGUUCUAGUUUCGUGUGAGUAAACAAUAAAGGAUCUUACCGGAAAUUACGAAAUUCUAUUAUCUCUAAUUAGACAUAGGCAUUAAUGGCUAGGUAGGAGAUUGAUAUUUGGAAUGAUUAUAAAAAGAUGCAAGACGUUUGCAGCGUUUUCCAUGAUGAUGCUGGUCAUAUUAGCGUUCAUAUUCAGAGACACCAGACGCCUGUUCGCGAUCAAUUUCAUGCGUUCUGACCACAUCGUACAUAAUCAGAGUACAAGAAGCGCUUCAAAAGACCUCAUGUUCGCCAUUGCUUCAUUUACAAAUUCUGAUGUUGGUGAUAACAAUACUCUAAUGACAGACCAUAGGAAUUUUUUAAAAGAGGGACACAUUUUGGAUACUCUUGCCAAUGACGGUGAUAACUAUUCGAUUAGUGUUUCUAAAGAUAUUUUAAAUUAUGUAAAUGUAAAAACAGCAAGUCAAAACGAAAGGUCAGCCGGAAAUGUCACUGGUGAUAUUGAACUCAAGACAAUGAAUGGUAAAGGUAUUAAGAGAAUAAUUCUAUAUCACAUUUACCAUACCGGAUUGAAAUGGGCAGCUAAACUUGUAGACAUGCAGAAAUGUUAUCAUCAUCAGAACUGUGAAAUUAUACACCACGGUGAUCUUACACGUGACCCCAUUGACGCAGACGCGGUGGUAUUCCAAGGAAAUAACAUUCCUUUGAACUAUCCCGCAAGACUCAACUCAAACCAAGCGUUUGUAUAUCUGAACAUAGAAUCGCCACAAUAUUUGCAUCAUGUUAAAACAGAGAACCCAUUUUAUAGAGAAUUCUUUAACUGGACAAUGACGUAUCGCCGAGAUUCUGACAUUCCUUACCUCUAUGGUUCAGUGAUUCCACGAAUGUAUAAUAAAACAUAUUAUUUAGCAAAUGCCGAAAAGACCGUCAAUUUUCGAGAAAAGGUCUUAAAUGCAGACUUACGCAGCGAUAUUGAUAAAAAGAACUAUUCCUCUAUAUUUAGAAACAAGAAGAAGUCGUGUGUUUGGUUCGCGAGUCAUUGCAGGACAUCUAGUAAACGGGAAUUGUAUGUGUCAAGGUUAAAGACUUAUAUAGAUAUUGACAUAUUUGGAGCAUGUGGCAACACAAAACAUGAUUGCCAAAAAGGAGAUCAGGGUUGUAAAGACAAUGUCGUAAAAUCAUACAAAUUCUUUCUUGCAUUUGAAAAUUCUAUUUGUGAGGAUUAUAUAACGGAAAAAGUUUUCAGUUGGAUCACUGAGGAUAUUAUCGUGGUUGUCCGCGGUGCGCGUUUCUAUAAACGCUAUUUGCCAGACAAUACAUAUAUCGACGCAGACGACUUUAAGACAAAAGAAGACCUUGCCAAUUUUUUAAUACAGUUAGGUGCAAAUGAAAAGAAAUAUAUCAAAUAUUUACAGACAAAAGAUAAAUACAUGGUUAUUCAGGAACAGGAGCACAUACAACUUGCCUAUUGUAACCUUUGCUACAAGUUAAACAAUUUAGACAUGUUUAGAAAACCGGCAAGGCCUUUGGACAAGUGGUGGAUUGCAGAUAGAUGUGUUAAGCCAACUGAUUACAUAUUUUGAUUAUGUUUGCAGGUGGCAGUAUCAGUAUUUGGAUACCCCACCACACCCUGUCCCUGGAUCCCUGCUAACUCCCUGAAAAAAAAAAUUCACUACUAAAGCUUACUAUAAGAUACUAAAUGCAAAACCACAAUGUAAAACACGGGAAAUCGUCGUUUCGGCGACUGAGGCGCAUUCCGGUGGCAUUUCGCAGCAUCAUUCAUUAACAUAAAUAAAUAGAACUAGAAUUCCACAGCUUACCUAAUUCUAGUCCACAUUGUUUGGCAAAUGAACAUAUAAUAGGCUUUCCACCUUUCUAUAACU